GGAGCGGGCCGGGAAGUAGUUCCGGGUGCGCGGCCCCGGAUGUUGGCUGCUCCCGCUGCUGCCGCCGCUCUCGGCGCUGCUCGGGGCCUCGGCCACUCGCACCAGGCGCCGUUGGGUCCUUUCCCAGGCGAGGGCGGAGACAGACGUAGCGGCCGGGGGCUCGGCCGGGCCGUCCCGGCCUGCGCAGCCUGAGAUUCUCUUUGGGGCCAGAUGGGUUUGUAUGGACAGACUUGUCCAUCUGUAACUUCAUUAAGGAUGACAUCUGAACUGGAGAGCAGCCUAACAUCUAUGGACUGGUUACCACAGCUCACCAUGAGAGCGGCCAUUCAGAAAUCGGAUGCUACCCAAAAUGCACAUGGCACGGGAAUUUCUAAGAAGAAUGCACUCCUUGACCCAAAUACAACUCUGGACCAGGAGGAAGUCCAACAGCACAAAGAUGGGAAACCUCCAUACAGUUACGCCAGCCUUAUUACGUUUGCAAUCAAUAGCUCACCCAAAAAGAAGAUGACUUUAAGUGAGAUUUACCAGUGGAUUUGUGAUAACUUCCCAUAUUAUAGAGAGGCUGGCAGCGGUUGGAAGAAUUCAAUAAGGCAUAAUCUGUCACUGAAUAAGUGUUUCCUUAAAGUGCCUCGAUCCAAGGAUGACCCUGGAAAGGGAUCCUAUUGGGCAAUUGACACCAAUCCGAAGGAAGAUGCACUGCCCACUCGGCCAAAGAAAAGGGCACGGUCUGUAGAACGGGCCUCAACUCCAUAUAGCAUAGAUUCAGAUUCUUUGGGAAUGGAGUGUAUUAUUUCGGGAAGUGCCUCUCCAACUCUGGCAAUCAACACUGUGACUAACAAAGUGGCAUUGUACAGCACUGAUCAGGAUGGCAGUGAUAGCCCACGCAGUAGCCUUAACAACAGUCUCUCAGACCAGAGUUUGGCAUCUGUUAAUUUGAACAGUGUUGGAAGUAUACAUAAUUACACACCAGUGACAAACCAUCCAGAGCCGGUGUCUCAGUCAUUAACUCCUCAGCAGCAACCGCAGUACAAUCUUCCAGAGCGAGACAAGCAACUGCUAUUCUCAGAAUACAAUUUUGAAGAUCUUAGUGCCUCAUUUCGGAGCCUUUAUAAAUCGGUUUUUGAGCAGUCACUUAGUCAACAAGGUUUGAUGAACAUCCCUUCUGAAUCUUCCCAGCCAUCCCACACCUCCUGUUCCUAUCAGCACUCUCCUAGCAGUACCGUGAGCUCUCAUCCACACAGCAGCCAAAGCAGCUUGUCCAACAGCAGUGGCCUCAAUACCACAGGCAGUAAUUCAGUUGCACAGGUCUCACUGCCCCACCCUCAGAUGCACACACAGCCAUCCCAACAUCCGCCUCACCGACCACAUGGUUUACCACAACAUCCGCAACGUCCCCAGCACCCAGCACCGCAUUCGCAGCAGCACAGCCAGCUACAGUCCCCCCACCCCCAACAUCCCUCUCCGCAUCAACACAUACAGCACCAUCCGAACCAUCAGCACCAGACAUUAACACAUCAGGCACCCCCACCUCCACAACAGGUAUCCUGUAAUUCUGGUGUUUCAAAUGAUUGGUAUGCAACACUUGAUAUGUUAAAAGAAAGUUGUCGAAUUGCCAGCAGUGUUAAUUGGUCAGAUGUAGAUCUUUCACAGUUCCAAGGUCUGAUGGAGAGUAUGAGGCAGGCAGAUCUCAAGAACUGGUGUUUAGAUCAGGUUCAGUUUGCUGAUCUCUGCUCUUCUCUUAAUCAGUUCUUUACACAAACUGGCCUUAUCCACUCACAGAGUAAUGUUCAGCAGAAUGUUUGUCAUGGUGCCAUGCAUCCAGCAAAACCUUCCCAACACAUUGGAACAGGAAAUUUGUACAUAGACUCAAGGCAAAAUCUCCCUCCUUCAGUGAUGCCACCCCCCGGUUAUCCUCAUAUGCCACAGGCACUCAGCACUGCAGGAACAACAAUGGCAGGUCAUCACGGAGCCAUGAACCAGCACAUGAUGCCUUCCCAAGCCUUCCAGAUGCGGCGUUCACUGCCUCCAGAUGACAUCCAGGAUGACUUUGACUGGGAUUCAAUUGUGUAGGACUUGUUUCUGCAAGAUCCCAGAGCCCAGCGUAACUCUUCUGUGCAGUGAAGGGAAAGGUCUAAGAGAAUCCGGUUGAGAAAGUGGGAGUUGCUAAUCAGUUUACCAAUGUUGUCAUAAUUUCUUUUGAAGACAAUCAGAAAUAUUUUAGCUGGAUAACUCCCUGCUUUCAUCUGACCCAAACAAUUACUACAUGUUUGUCUCCCUGCCAGCUGCCCUAUGUAGCUCCUAACUGUUGUGUGAUUUGGACGGCUUUUUGCAUAUUUGUGUCAGUUUGAUGUUAACCACAAGUGCCAGACUGAUUUUUCAGACAGAGCCUAUUUUGCUGCAAGCAGUUUAUAGAUGCAUAUGUGUAAAUAUAUAUACAAAAGUUGACAGAAAGGCUUCACUUUUUUUCUAAUUGGAUUGUGAAUUGGAAAGAAAGUUACUGUCAGUUUUUAUUCCUUAUUAGGCUGUUUCCUGCAGGAUGCUUUUAACUGUUGUUGGGAACUGAAUGGAAAUAGGUUUUUCCAAAGUCCAGUUUCCUCUUAUUGAAUCUCUUUCAGAAAUGUGGGAAAUGAAUUCCACCCAGUAAAUCCAGGAACCCAGAAUGUAGUACUCUCCAGACAGUCCAAAGGGGCAUGUUCUUGCUGAGCAGCAUCAAGAACUGACCAGAUUUGUUUUAAGGCUGUGUUAUUCCUUGUCUUUUCCUAAGUCUGUAUUUUAACUGCUCUAAGAUUUGUUUGAUUGAUUCAAAGCUAGACAUUGCUUGUCUGUUUCAACAAAACAGUGCCUCUGCCGUCACAUAUAUUUAUUAUUCUGAAGUGUUAUUUUAAUAUUUAUUGCUACCUUCUGUGAAUGCUCAGCUGCCCUUGGGUUUGUUACGGAAAAGUGUGUCCAGAAGCACAUGGUGACUUUCCUUAUAGAGUUUACAGACAAGACAAUCAGAGGGACAUUGUGUCAUCUGCUAUCAAAGCUUCUACCAAGAGAGAGCAUACAUUUCUCUCUGCUAGCAUUCCUGCUGAUUGAUUUAACAGCUGAAUGUUUUUUCUGGUAUUUGAAUCAAGAGUCCAUUUUGCAACAGAACAGCAGGGCAGUGUUUGUAAAGCAAAUUUCCCCCUAUUUAAUCUCUUCUCGCUUUGGUAGAACUGAAAAGAGGCUAGAACUACAUAUAGAUUUUGUUUGCCUGGGUCUUCAGUAUAGAAAGUCAUUAAGUUGCCUGCUGUUUCUGUUGCACUGUAUGUCUGUAUGCAUGACACUUGGUCACUUUCUUUGAAAUGUAGCCCACCUCUUAGGAGUCUUUAUUAGUUGUUUUAUGUCAUAUCAGUUAUGUUGCAUGAACUGACUGUAUUAGUUUUAUAAUAAAACUAGAAGAAAUUAUUUUGUUUUCCUAAUAACUAUAUAUUGAAUUGGUUCUUUAGAUCAAAAAAAUUUAAUUCUAAUGGAGAAGUGUGUUCUACAAAUCAAGGAAUAAUAACUGCUCACUCAUUGCUUUUUAGCAUUGCUGGUCUCUUUUGGCCAUACUAAAAUCACUUUAAUUAGCCUUAGUGGUUCUGUGGUUGAGUGAUAUCUCUGCUUGAGCUAAGCAAGCAUCUUCGUUUCUGUGUGUGUGUGUCUGUGACACAGAGAGUGUGUGUGUGUGUGUGUGUGUGUGUGUGUGUGUGUUUUAGUGGAGUGUUGCCUUGAAGGAAUCACUGGGAAGCCAGCCAUUGUAAGGACUGGUGAGGUUGAGGAGAAAGGAAGAUCUUUAUGUUUCUGUUAUUUGGACCCUGUUCGGCAUGAAAAAGGAAGCUCAUCUCCAGCCCCCUUGGAUCAGUGAAAGUCAGUGGAUUCUGGAAUGGCAGCCAGCGGGCCCCUCUGGGGAGGAUAGAGGCAAGUUGACGUGGCAGCCUGCAGAGUGAAAGCUUGAAAAAAAGGGGACAGUUUUCAGUAGUCUACUCAAGUCACUGUU